GAUGAUAAUUAAACAAGUGAUAUCGGAAUCCGGGAAAUGUACAGGGAACCGUUGCCAUGCAUUGGUCCCGCUCACCCGAGUAUAGAAAGUAUAUGUAUUCAAUCCAAGUUUCUCAAUCUGCUCCGCCUCUUUCAUCUCACGUCCCUUUAACUUGAGCUCGCCGCCGACCUCGUCUUUCCUUGAUUACACAUUCAUUUUUUCAAUUGUUCGUAUUAUUUCAAACGCAAUGUUCACUAAAGCAAUUGCUGCUAUCCUAGCUUUGCCCUUGGUGGCACGAUUCGUUUCUGCGCAAACCUGCACUCGCACUUACACCGCUCAGGCUGGCGAUAUCUGUGACAGUAUUUCGGCAGCCAACGAUGUUUCCACCUACCAGCUUGCUGUCGUCAACGUUGGAAUCAUCGACGAAGCAUGUGACAACCUUGUCAUUGGCCAGAGUUACUGCCUUGGAUGGCAGGGACAGGACUGCACGACCACUUAUGUAGUCCAGCCAAACGAUGGUUGUGACAUGAUCUCCUAUGCCGCAGGCAUUAACACCACCAUCCUGUACGAAAACAACCCGCAGAUCAAUGAGGAUUGCAGCAAUAUUUACAUUGGAGAGGUGUUGUGCACAGCGAACACUGUGCAAGUCCCUCCUGCCCCCUCCGGCACUACCCCCGCUACGACAAUCCCUGCGACCGCUACUCCUGCCAACCCCGACGGCGACCUCCCUUGGUGUGACGAGUAAAUUCCUUGACCUCCACCAUCCUGCUACAGCGUAAAGUGUAUGUCACACGGAUCCUCAACUGUGAUCAACUGUGAUGACAGGCUGGUCGUGUCGUCGUUUUGGUCAUCUUAUUCCCUUUUUUUUAUUCUGAACUUCAUAUCGCCUUGUUUUUUUUACAAUCAGAGCUACCCCCGGUGGUGGUAUACCCAGCAAUAGUGACUCCAUCUUUGCACUUUAUUAUGUUGAAAUCCUUCGCAUGUGGUAAUUCUGAGAAUUCUCCUCGCAUUCGAGGGAAUAGAUCGCGGUCUUAUAGGGCUUGCUCUUGUGAUGACCAUUUACAAACGCCGUU